AUGGCCGGCCUCAGCCCCCAAAUCACCAACCUUGUCAUCAUCCUGGGUAUGAUGCAGGUGUCGAAGCGCAUCCCCUUUGACGACCCCAACGUCCUCAUGGGCGUCCGCGGCCUGUACAUUGCCAGCAAUGUCAUCAUCGCCCUCAUCUAUCUCUACAUCCAGUCGGCCAUCAACAAGAAGAAGGACAUGACCACGCUCAAGUACGUCGAGCCCGCGCCUAUGGGCUCCACCGAGGAGGGCAAGCUCGUCACCACCACGGUCCACGCCUACGACAUCCAGCAGCUGCGCACCGCCUUCCGCGGCCAGGCCAUGGGCGUCGCCAUGAUGGGCUUCAUGCACCUGUACAUGAAGUACACCAACCCGCUUCUCAUCCAGUCCAUCAUCCCUCUCAAGAGCGCCCUCGAGGGCAACCUGGCCAAGAUCUACCUGUACGGCCAGCCCGCCGUCGGCGACCUCAAGCGCCCCUUCAAGCAGGCUGCUGGCUUCAUGAGCGCCAUGCAGAACGGCACGGCCCAGAGCGACAAGAAGGCCGUCGAGGCCGCCGAGCGGGCCGGCCGUGGCGGUGUCAAGGAGGAGUAA